GAAAAUUCAGAAAGCAAAAAUACGAAACCAAAAUGUCCGCAUUCUAUAGUUUCUUGGCAGUUUUUGGUGUUUUGGCCGUUAUAACUGUUGGUUUAGCAGAUGAUGACAUUUUUACAAGCAAGGUUUUGAAUGACAAGGAGUACUAUGUGGGAGCAUUUAGCAAGGUCAAUUGGUAUCGUGCAGCUCAAACAUGUGCUGCACAUGGCAUGACACUGGCCUCCAUCGAAUCCAGUGCAGAAUAUGAGAGCCUCCGAAAUUAUUUACGUGAAAAAAAACUUUAUGGUAAUCAAUACUGGCUUUCUGGUACCAAUUUGCCCGCAAGUUCCGAUUAUGUUUGGUUAAUGUCGGGCACUCGACUUUCCUACACCAAAUGGGCCACUAAUCCAAGCACCACGGCCAAUCAAUGUGUUCGCACAAAUGAUAAUUUCUUGUGGGUAACCGGUGCUUGCACUGAGUCUCAUUACUUCAUUUGCUCUCGACCAGUUGAACCGGCAUGUGGCGUAUUUGGUAGAUGUCAGUUUAAAUACAAUCCAAAUGUUCAAUUGUAAUCAAGGGACAAAUAAACAAUGAAAAUGCUUAAUAAUUAAAAACAAAAA